AUGCCAGUUUUUUGUAAACCAAGGUCUAUUCCAUUUGCAUAUAUUGAAAAAGUCGAAAGGGAACUUGAGCGUUUGGAAAAAGAAAAUGUGAUUGAGAAAGUGGAAAAUGCCCAAUGGGGUACACCUCUAGUGCCUGUGAUUAAGCCAAAUGGGACAGUAAGGUUAUGUGCAGAUUAUAAGACAACUAUAAAUAAGUAUUUAGAAGAUUAUAACUACCCAUUACCGAAAGUCGAAGAACUGUUUGUAGCUUUGCAAGGAGGAAAAUUUUUUAGUAAGUUAGAUUUUAUAAACGCUUAUAAUCAAUUGGAAAUAUGUGAAGAUACUCAAAAGUUAUUAGCAUGGAGUACACACAAAGGUAUAUAUAAAGUAAAGAGAUUGCCUUUUGGAAGAAAACCGGCUUGUUCAAUUUUUCAGCAAGUAAUCGAAAAAGUCCUACAAGGUUUAAAAGGUGUAAAGAAUUUUUUGGAUGAUAUCAUUGUAACAGGAGUAGACGAUGAAGAUCAUUUGAACAAUUUGAGAGAAGUUUUUAAAAGAUUACUAGAUGCGGGUUUUAAACUAAAUGUGAAUAAAUGUUGUUUUUUUCAAAAGCAAGUAAAUUAUUUAGGACAUGUAAUUGAUGGGGAAGGAAUAAGGAAAGAUAAAGAUAAAGUAAAAGCUAUAGUUGAAGCAAGAAUACCACAAAAUGUGACAGAGGUUAAAGCUUUUGUAGGUAUGAUUAAUUACUAUGCCAAAUUUAUUCCAAAUUUGUCUACACUGUUGGGUCCUAUGUAUAAGCUAUUAAAAAAAAAUAUAACGUUUAAAUGGACAAACCAAUGUAAUGAAGCUUUUAAUAAGUCCAAGGAAGCAAUAACAUCAGAUUCGGUAUUAGUACAUUUUAAUCCUGAAAUACAAAUAAAACUUUUAUGUGAUGCUUCUGAAUAUGGGGUAGGUGCUGUUUUAGUUCAUGUUUUUUCUGAUGGAACAGAAAAACCUAUAAGUUAUGCUUCAAGGGUAUUAACGGUAGCUGAAAGAAAAUAUGCUGUGAUACAAAAGGAGGCUCUAGCUAUUUUCUGGAGUGUAAAAAAAUUUUCACAAUAUUUAUUAGGCAGAAAAUUCAUUUUAUGUUCGGACCAUAAACCAUUGUUAGCAUUAUUUGGGGAACAUAAUGGCAUUCCACGUAUGGCAUCAAAUAGAUUACAACAUUGGGCUUUAUUUUUGUCAGAAUUCGAUUAUGAAUUAAAAUAUGUGCAAGGCAGAAAUAAUUGUGCAGCUGAUGGGUUGUCCCGUUUACCAUUGGAAAUUAAAAGUGAUGAAAAUGAUAACGAGUACAGUUAUAUAGAUUUUGUGGAAGGAAUGAUACCUUAA